CUGGGGAAAGCGCGUGCCCAAGAGCAUGCAAGGCUCUAGCUGGGGCUCCCGGGUGUCACACCCACUUUCCUUAUUAGGGAAAGACGGGCCGACCGGAGCCGAACCAGGCUGGGCUGCGGGGUGGGUGUAAAGGGAAUAAGGAGAGGGGAGAGAGGCUGAGAUAGCAGAGGCAGCAGCGGGAGGUAGCACAGCUUUUGCUGUGCCCUUCUUCCUGCCCUCGCUUAGCGCGAGGAACUUUUCCUUAAUUCACCUCACUUUACUCCAUCCUUUUCCACCCCUUCUUUCCUUCCCCCUUUCCCCCAACAACAUGGAAGAAUUUUUGCAACGAGCCAAAUCCAAACUGAAUCGGAGUAAACGCUUGGAAAAAGUUCAUGUGGUUAUUGGACAUAAAUCAUGUGAUCUGGAUUCACUUAUUUCUGCCUUCACCUAUGCUUACUUUCUAGACAAGGUCAGUCCUCCUGGUGUUCUGUGUUUGCCAGUGCUAAACAUACCAAGAACAGAAUUCAACUACUUCACUGAAACAAGGUUUAUUUUAGAAGAGCUAAAUAUUUCUGAAUCAUUUCACAUCUUCAGAGAUGAGAUUAAUCUACAUCAUCUAAAUGAGGAAGGAAAAUUAUCAUUAACACUUGUUAACAACAAUGUGCUGACCAGUGAGGAUAAAACUUUAGAAUCUGCUGUUGUCAAAGUCAUUAAUCCAGUUGAACAAUGUGAUACUGGUUUUGAGUUCUGGGAGCCUUCUUCCUCCCUUGUGGCAAAAGAAAUUCUUCAGGAGGCGCCUGAGUUAGUCACUGAACAACUGGCUCAUCUCCUCAGAGGGAGUAUUCUUUUCAACUGGAUGUCCAUAGAAUCUGAAAAGAUGACAGAGAAACAGGAAGAAAUUCUUUCCAUUCUGGAAGAAAAAUUUCCUGAUUUGCCUCCAAGAGAAGAUAUUAUCAGUGUUCUGCAAGAGACCCAGUGCAGUGCUCAGGGUUUAAGUAUUGAACAGACAAUACUGAAGGAUCUGAAGGAAUUAUCAGAUGGAGAAAUAAAAGUAGGAAUUAGUACCAUGUAUAUGACCCUUGAGGACUGCAUGUUUCAUAGAAACAUUGUCACUGACCUGAAGAUUUUUACAGAAAAGUAUGGUUUUGAUGUACUCAUUCUUUUGACCAGUUACUUAUCAGAUGAACAACAGACAAAACAUCAGAUAGCUGUAUAUUCAGAGAAUGUGGAAUUGUGCAAUCAGAUCUGUUGUGAACUAGAAGAGUCUCAGAAUCCUUGCCUUGAGCUGGAGCCUUUUGAAUGUGGCUGUGAUGAGAUCCUAGUGUAUCAGCAGGAGGACCCUCUGGUUACUUCUGAUCAACUGGUUCUCCUUGUCAAAGAAGUCAUUAGCAGAAGAUGUUCAGAAAUGGUCUCCAACAGUAGGACAUCCUCCACUGAAGCUGUGGCUGGCAGUGCACCACUCUCUCAGGGGUCUUCUGGUAUCAUGGAAUUGUACGGUUCUGAUGUAGAACCACAACCCAGUUCUGUGAAUUUCAUAGAAAACCCUCAAGACCUCAAUGGUUCCAUCCCAGCUCAGGUGGAUGUCAAUGUAGACCUUGUGAGCCCUGAUAGUGGGCUGGCAACCAUUCGCAGUAGCCGAUCUUCCAAGGAGAGCUCAGUUUUCCUAAGUGAUGACAGCCCAGUAGGUGAAGGUGCGGGGUCUCAUCAUAGCCUUCUCCCAGGGUUUGAUUCCUAUAGUCCCAUUCCUGAAGGAGCUAUAGCUGAAGAGCAUAAACCACAGUCUGGAGAAGAUGGUGAACACUUUGACCUUUUCAACUUUGAUUCAGCACCCAAUGUUUCUGUGCAAUCCCAGUCAUCUUCCCGUUCAGCUGACUAUUCCCCAGCAGAUGACUUCUUUCCCAACAGUGAUUCAUCAGAAGGACAGCCACCCACAGUGCCAAAGGGACUUGAUGAAAUGAAUCUUUUAGGGAGUGACAUGGAUAAUUACUCAACAGGUUUACUGAUGACAGGGGCUGAAAAAGAAAAUCUUCUGGAAUUUGAUGGGGAAUUUGCCCAGAGGCAGGAAAGCCCUGGGGACAUUUCAGAAAGAACUUUGAGCCUCCCUGAUUUUGUGGGAGAUGACUCUCCUCCUUCUGAGAAGCUGAAAAAUGUUGGGACAAGAGUCCCACCAACUCCAAUGAACAGCUUUGUGGAAAGUUCACCACUCACAGAAGACCCAACUCUGCUCUUCCCAGAAGACAUGUUACAAAAAAUAAAUGACUUAGAUUGCACAGGGUCUACUCAACCCCGCAUGAGAUGCAGCAGCUGGUGGGGUGGUUUAGAAGUCGACUCAAAAAAUACUGCCCUAUUGAACACUGACACAUGGAGUUCUAGUGAACAGGAGUCUGUCUUCCAGAGCCCCGAGUCCUGGAAAGAUCAUAAAGCAAGUCCCAUUGAUAGGAGGGCCUCAGAUUCUGUAUAUCAACAAAAGCAGUCCAAACAUGGUGACUAUUCAAAGCUGGGUCUCUGGGAGAAUCAACUUGAACAAGAUUCAGUCAGUAACAUUGGCACCCACCUCCAAAGUGAGGGCAAUCCAGAACACCUGAAACUGCCUUCUGAGAAAUCACCUCUGUCUCACACUUCCCCUCAAGGUACAAGCCACUUGAUAGAAGAUUUUGCCACUCCAUGGCAGCCCAGCUCAUCUUCUGCAGUGGAAACAGAUCCAUGGGAAACUCCUGCAGGUGAUAGUGGGAGACAGGAGGAUUCAGAGCCUUUCCCUGCCUGGGCUAAAUUUAAUAAAGAAGACAACACUAGUGCUCUGAAAAAGACCUGGGAUGUGCAUCAGAUGGACAGAAAUCUACCUCUCAAAAGGGACCAUAAUGACUGGACUGUAACCAAAAGAGACUUUUCUUUUUCUGCAGAAGUCCCAUCAGAGAAUUUGCCCCAAACUUCAAACAAUCAAGUGACUUCAGAAGCCUGGGAUGAAAACAAAGGUGAUCCCAACAAUAUCCACAUUAAGUCUGAGAAUCCCAAUCUUGAUUCUGACAUUAUAUGGAAUAAUUCCAAGCUGCUUAGGGAAAAUCAGGAUGCAUUCAAUGGUUCUGAAAUCAGGGGGAAAUCAUUUGAAAAGGUAAACACCUGGAACUUGUAUGAAGCAAAUGAUAAGGAAGGAGCUCCAGCUCCUUGGGAAGAUUCCUUCUUAGCGUAUAGGUGCUCAGACUUCAGUACAUCCAAUGUAGGUGAAGAUUUGGUUGCUUCUGAAUUAGAUACCAAUUAUUCUACAUCAGAUUCAUAUAUAUCACCUACAUUUGUAGGGGAAGAGAAAGAAACUGAGGACAAAACGUUUGAUCAUGAUGCUAACAUAGUUGCAGAAGAGACAUCACUGAAUAAGUCAAAUGAUGCUGAAAAUCUUCCUCAGCCUAUGGAGCCAACAUCCUACAGAAAUAGAAUUAGCUCAGGCCCUGGGACCCUACAGAUGUGGACAACACAAACACCAAAUGAUAGCCAAAUUGUUGAUUCAGAAACAAAUGUCCUUUCAAAUACACAUAAAGGUUUGCUCAAGUUAGAAUACCCAGAUGGUAAAAAUUUCUUGGCUGAGGAUGAUGCUGGGGAGAGUAGUCAAUCUAGCUAUGAUGAUCCUAGAAUGAUGCAGAUAUAUAAUGAAACAAACCGACAACUGACUCUCAUGCAUAGUGGUACAGAGCCCAGACAAACAGCUCCUGAGAAUGUUGACUUGUGGAAUAGAGUUAUCCUUGAGGACACACAGUCUACAGCAACUAUUUCAGAUCUAGAUAAUGAUUUAGAUUGGGAUGACUGUAAUGGGGGAAUGGAGACUUCCAGAGAAGGACAAGCCCAAGGAUAUAUGCAUGAAGGUACAGAACCAGAAACUCGAUUUUCAGUGAGACAGCUAGAACCAUGGAGUGUUGAGAGUCAAGAGGAUAGUCAAGUAGGAUGGGAGCACCAUAUGCUUUACAAUGCCUCCGAAGAAGGAAAAGAUGCCACUUUCAAUGAUUUCAAUUCAUUGGAUGAGAAAAGUGGACAAAAAAUCCUUAGCAAUAUUUGGGAUACAGUCAUGAAAGAUGACAAUGUGUCAUCCUUAAUAUUACCUGACUCAUCAUCCAUUGUAGAGUCAGAUGAAAACAAAUCACCACAGGAAACUCUGAGCUCAUCAGAAAACAUUAAGGAGAGCAACAUCCCAGAUAAGUUAGAAAUCUUAGAAUAUGAUCAGAAAGAAGCAUUUACACCUGUCACUCCUCUGGCUGAGUCUGUCAGCCAGGAAACACAAGAAAGUACUUCAGUGAACAACAAAGAAUUCUUUGCAACAAGUCCUGAGAACCAAAAACAUUCUGAUCAUUCAGACAUAUGGCAGGAUCAGAGUUAUAAACACAGUGAAGAUGAUAAUAAUAUACAAGAAAAUACUGAUAAAGAAUAUUUAGUUGAAGAUGAUACAAUAAGUUCUGAAGUAGAUAGUGCUUCAGGAAGUUCAGGAAGAGAAGAAGGUAACCCAGAACUAUACUUUCCUGUUGCAUUUGAAAAUCAAGGGACUCAUGAUGACUCUGUUAAAAGCAGCUCUCCUUCAGUUGCGUCUAGUCCCCACACUAAUGAAAUCUCAGAGGAGCUGGUGGAACUCCAGGGCAAUACUACUAACCAAGAGACAAGUGAUGCACAAGCAAGAGCUUCCACAAAUAAUCUAAAUAUAAAUAAUGCCUGUGAAAAGCAUUUUGUGGGUCAGGGAAAUUCAAUUGACACUGCUAACACUUUAUCUAUUGAGAAUCAAGAUGUAACAGAUCACUCAUUAUCUGAAAUGAACCUUGAGAAAAAUGAAACAUAUAAAAUUUUGGGUUUGGAGAGUGGAUCCGCAGAGAAUGUAAAUAAGGAAUCUCUUCUUAAGACUCCCCAGAAUCAUGACAUUUGGAAUGAAUGUGUAGGUAGUGACCUACCUCAAUCCAAUGGAACAAGUCUUGAAAUAAACGAAGAGCAUGAAAUCAAAAAUAUUAAGAAUCAUUUUGCUAUAGGAGAUUUUCAAAAGAGAAAUGAUGAGGAUGAUAUUGUGUCCAGUGAGUAUACACAUUCAAGCGCAUCAAGCCCUGACCUAAAUGAUCUAUCUGCUGCUAUGCCCAGCUUGGGUGAUAUAAAGACUACAAACUAUCAGCAAAAGAAUCAAGAUGAUUGGAGCACAGGGAAUAAUGAAGACAAUAAACUUGUUCCCAUUGAUGAUCAGUCAGAAAUGGUGCCUGAAACGGGAGACUUACAGGAGAAUAUGAUGGAUGAGUUCCAAAAGGUUGUCAAUCACAAAGUCCCUAAAAUUUUAGAUAUCUGGAAUGACCGAGUAGAGGAUGAUAACUCCCUCUCUUCUAUAUCAAGUCCUGAUGAAGGCAACACUCCUCAAAAUUCAGGAUCUGAGGAAAGAAGUUUAGCAGUUAACCAUUACCAAAAAAAUGAGCAUGAAAUUCCUGAAACUUCACUCAAUAAUGAUACUAAGUCCAUUACAACAAGCUUAGGGAUUAAUAGCCAGAAUAAUUGUCAAGAUAAAUUGGAGAAAGAAGUUCAUUUGGUCACUUCCCAAGCAAAUUUGCAGAAGGAUUCUAGGAUAUGGAAUAUAUUUAAUGAAAAAAAUGUACCUUUGACGAUAGUUGACCAUGAAAGUCAGGGAUUUUCUGAAUCUAGAGAUUCCUGGGAAACAACCAGAGGUGAAAGUCAAGAAAGUCCAUGCUAUGAAGAUCAAAGUAGUCCUGAUAAUUGGAAUUUCUCACCUAUAAACAAAAAUGAUGAACAAUCAACUAGAUUUAGUGAGGAGACAAAAUGCUGUCCAGAGACAUUGAAGAUUAAAGAUGUAACUGAGGAGGCAUCAUUGCAAGUGUCUCCUAAAAAUGAAUCAGAAGUAAACCAUAAGUCCAAAGUGGAAACUCUUGGAUUUUCAGCUGAAAGAGCAGAGUGGUGUAACACCUUGCCCCCCAAAAAGAGUCCUGAAGAGAUGAAACCUGCUGAUUCAGAUGGUGUUUUAGAAGAGACCUCUUUUGGAUACCAAAAGGUAGAUCCAUGGAAUAUACCCAUUCAGGGUAAUCUUGAAUCCAAAGAAGCAUUUUGUGUUGAUCCUUUAGCAGAUGAAAACCAGCCACCCUUUCAAAGUAACAAUGAGGUAGACUAUGAACCACCUUGGGAUAUUCAACCUACUCAAAUGGCUUCAGAUUCUGUACAGAUGGAGCAAUCUGAUGAGUUUGAUCCAAAUCAAGAAGAAAAGGAUUUUAAAAAGCAAAUUCUCACAUCAGCUGCUGCUUCUGAAUUUGUGCCUGAGAGCCAUAUACAAGAACAGUGUCAAAACAGAGUGUUACCUGUUUUGGAUCCGCUAGACUCAGAAAUUACUCAUGAAAAUGUUUCCAUUGCCAUUAGCCCUAACUCUCAAGUGACAAAUAGGUCCAGCCCUGGAUGGAGUAGUUCUCCACCUGGUAGGAUGCCUCAAGGUACAUUUGUCCCCGAUAUUUUGCAUGACAAUUUCCAAGAAGACAGACAAAUUAUCUCAGCCCUGCCUGAUCUGUGGACUGAUGCCACACAACCCCUCAGCCUGAAAGUAGAUGGUGAAAAUCCAGACAUAUUGAAUCACUGUGAUCAGGACAGCAACUCCCAGUCUUCCACCAGUCCUGACGUAUGUCAUGAAUAUGAAAUGAAGGAAGAGGCUGGACAGCAUCUUGUCCAAGCUUUAGGCAGCCCUGGAGGGGAAAUUAGUGAGUUUUAUCUCACUGAAUUAGAGGGGAAUGAAGUACCUAGAGAGAAAUUUGUCAUUGACAAUAUGGAAAUGCAUCCUGAAAAACAAUUUACCUUGCAUCCAAACAAUGAACAAACAAAUGUUGACAGAUUAGAUUUUUCAGUCUUUCCCAGACCUUCUUCUGAACCUUCUGAACUGGUUGGUGACAAUGAUGCAAACUUAGAAGAAUUGAAAAGUGAAACCAUCCUAGAAAAAGCAUCAGUUUUGGAUCCAGUCAAAAUGGAGGAUAUGACUGUUGAAAACAUGGGAGCCUAUGCCAUCCUGACUCCCCAGGCAUCAACUACUGUUGAUUUCAACGGUGCUCGUAUAACAGAUGAUAUCUUUCUUGCAAGUCAAGAAGAUACAAAUGUCUUGAUUAAGACUGGACAUCUUUUAACUGGUGAGGAACCAGAAGGCAGCACUGAGACCCUAACAGCCACAAGCCCUUUUCAUGAUAGAAAUGAGACUAUUAUAGGACACAGUUUCAAUGAUGCAAUGAACAUUUCAGACGGAACAACGAAGGACAUGAAAAAAUCACCAUUAGAAGAGCACAACCCUGAAAAUUCUAUGGGAAGACAAACUGUCUGUCUCUCAGCAGCCUCUUGGGAUGAUUUUGAAGAUAGCUCAAUGGUUACAAAUUUUGAUGAAAGAGCAAUAAAAGAGCCUGAGCACUUCCAUUAUGGUAAUGAGGCUCUCCUGGAGGAGACUCCCACCAAACAUCCACUUAUGCCAUAUACACCUCCCUUUGAUUUGUCAUUCCUCACAGAGGCACCCCAAAGCUCCAGGCAGGAGGAGAAGGAAGUGUUCUCAGCUGAGGAACAGUCUUCUGACAGUGAAAUGGAAGAAUUACUGUUCCCUGCACCAAUGUCCAGAAAAUAUAAAACAAGCCAUUCAGAGGAAACAGACGGUAAGGCCAGGCACCAGUUGCUUGAAUUAUAUAUACAGGAAGAUCCUGAGCCGACAUCCUUGCCAUUAGAAUCUGGUUCCAAUUUUGGGUCAGCUCUUUCUUCCAAUGAAGUAGAAUCACGUAAUUCUGAUUCACCAGCAGGUGGAGACAUGAGACCACUUUAUGGUGUCAUCCAAAACCCACUAAACUUUGAAGUAGAAUCUGUUUCUAGCAAGAAUUCUGAACUAAGAACAGGAAAUAAGGAAGAUGCAUGCAUGGAGAUGAAUGAGGACCCUAGUGCACUACAAAUGGAUUAUAUUCUUGUUGACCAUGAAGAAAACUUUGAGAGAAAAGUUGCCCCUGAACCAAAAGAAAGUGAAUCUGAAUUACAAGAAAUCAAUGUUGGGUCAGAAGAAAUGGAUCUUUCAGAAGAGUUUUCAGCAUGCUCUCAGGAAAUAUUUCAGUCAGUUGGAAUAAAUGAGUGGAAAGGCCAGUCUACAGGAGAACCUUUAAUAGAGAAUGAUUCUUACAUUGUGCCUUCAAAACUGGAAGAUGAAAGAAGACCUCCAGAAAGCCCUGGGCAAGACCCAAGUUGGAUGGUCUUAGGCCAAAGUGAGGUUUACAGUCCAUUACCUGAAGAGAGUUCUAGACAGACAGAGACAGUGGCCCUAGGGUCUGGACAUUCCAUCAUGCAUGUAGACCAGAGACUGAGAGAAGUUGAUCAGACUCAGGUCUGUGCAGAGACAAUGAAAAAUAGUUCUCAUGAAUCUUCAGGAAUGGAGAAGUCCUCUUACCAAGGCAGUCUGGCAAAGAAGAAUAAAAAUAAGAGCGCAAGUGAGGUGGAUGGAGAUGCUCUUUUGCUAAAGGUGGUUGCCCAUGAUAAUGAAUGGGAAAUGGUUUCACCACAGCUUUCUGAACGUAGCAUGGCCCCAGAAAAGGAAAUGGAGGACGAAACAGAGUUCCUUGACUCUGAACCAAGAGAACCAAAACCACAAGGACCACUAGCAGAUGAUGUAGGAAUGGACAUCCCCUUUGAAGAGGGAGAGCUAAGUCCCAAUUCUGCAGACAUGAGACCUGAACCACCCAAUUCUCUGGAUCUUGAUGGCUCCCAUCCCAGGAGGAUAAAACUCACAGCCCCAAAUAUCAAUCUUUCUCUGGACCAGAGUGAAGGAUCUGUUCUAUCUGAUGAUAACCUAGAUAGCCCAGAUGAAAUUGACAUCAAUGUGGAUGAUUUAGACACUCCUGAUGAAGCUGAUUCUUUUGAAUACACCGUCCAUGAGGACCCAACAUCCCUCCAAGAUUCUGGCCAGGAAGCAGAGUCCAUUCCAGAAUAUACUGCUGAAGAGGAGCGGGAGGACAAUCGGUUGUGGAGGACCGUGGUGAUCGGGGAGCAGGAGCAAAGGAUUGACAUGAAAGUUAUAGAGCCUUACAAAAGAGUCAUUUCUCAUGGAGGAGAUUCAGGAUACUAUGGGGACGGUCUAAAUGCCAUCAUUGUGUUUGCUGCCUGUUUUCUGCCAGACAGCAGUCGGGCUGAUUACCACUAUGUCAUGGAAAAUCUUUUCCUAUAUGUAAUAAGUACUUUGGAGCUAAUGGUAGCUGAAGAUUAUAUGAUCGUCUACUUGAAUGGAGCAACUCCAAGAAGAAAGAUGCCUGGACUAGGAUGGAUGAAAAAAUGUUAUCAGAUGAUUGACAGAAGGUUAAGGAAGAAUUUGAAAUCAUUUAUCAUCGUUCACCCAUCUUGGUUCAUUAGAACAAUUCUUGCAGUGACACGGCCUUUUAUAAGUUCAAAAUUCAGCAGCAAAAUACAAUACGUCAGCACCUUAUCAGAGCUCAGUGAGCUGAUCCCAAUGGAAUGUGUCCAUAUCCCAGAAAGUAUCAUCAAGUACGAUGAAGAGAAAUCUUAUAAGAGAAGUGUGAGACUGGAUGAAGAGCUGAGGGAAGCAUCCGAAAGAACUAAAGCUAACUGCCUUUCAAAUGAUCCAGAAAUGUCUUCUAUGGAGCAGGAUAUUGACAUGAAACUGAAAGAAAAACUGUAGCUGGUGGAGGUUUGCAGAAAAAGAAGAUGAUUCCUGAAUUGAAGCCCUUCUAAAACAUAUCUACCUAGAAGAGAAAAGAUGAUGAUGACUCUUUCAUUUUGCACUAUCUGGUGCCAUUGGAAACUUUGGGGUGGAGGUGGGGGGAAGCAGUGGAGAAUUCCUUUCAUUUAACCAGUUUUUAUGUAAUAGUGUAUGUGUAUCUGUGUGUUCAAUUAAGUUAUUAUACUGUGUUUGUUGAUCACCAACCUCAUGUGCUCUUUAUUUAAACCUCCCAACAAAAGAGUUAUGUUUUUAUGCAUUGCUGACUGUAAUAUCACUCAGCUUCCUCACUACCCUCACUGAGGGUUACCCUUGGAUAAGCCAGACAGGAGUAUUAAGAAACAAAGCACUUUAAUUCCAGAGAUUACUUCUUUCCUUCAUAAACAUUAUAGACUAAGAUGAUUUCAUGUUUUUCUCUGUUAUACUUAGCCCUGCAUACAUAGAUUUCCCUACUCACAUUGGUUCAUUGGUCAUGAGGCAGUAUGGAACUUUGUUCCUUGAACUUCCUAGUUCAACAAUCAGUGAGCACCCUUUUAAGAAACUUCUUGUUUGAACUCAAACCAAUUUUAUUGUUUAUUUGUCUCAUCUGACAGCUUUAUUUUUCUUAAAAUGUGUUCUUUUAAAAAUUUUUUCAUCCCAGAGUGACUAAGGAGGCAUCCUAUGGCUGGGGAAGUUGAAAUGUAACAUGUACAUGAUUUUAUAAGUGCUGUCCUAGCUUUAGUCCUUCAGUCUGAACUCUUCUCAAAGCUUCUAUCUGAAAAUAUUAACAGAAUACAAUAGCAAACACAGAAUAAGUCAAUCACUCAUAAAAACAAAUCUGUUAGAUUCUCAUUUGACUACAAGCUUGCAGUGUUCUUAUUUAUUAAAAAAAAUAAUAAUUCCUUCAUGUUUUAUCAAUCUACUCUAUUUUAUAUAGUAACUUCAUUAUGAAUUUGUGGGCCUCUAUCAUGCACAAUUUUGUUUUGUUCAUUUAUAUUUAAGUAUGCAUUCACCCAAUAGAAUAAAUGAGUAAAUUUAGCUAAAUUUAUUUUAUAACAAUAUAGUAUAAAUGAUAUAAAUUUUUUCAUGCCAUUUGAGAGUAAAAUGCAUAACCUUUUGAAAAAAGAUCAUAAAAUACUGAUUACAAAAAUGAUGGUCUUGGCAGUAUUUAUUAAAUGACCAAAACGGAAACUGCUUAAAAAUAUUUAAAGGAAAACAUUUGAUGCUAAUAUCACUUUUUUUCUUUACAUAUGUUUUUAACUUCCAAUAUUACUUAUCAUCAAUGGGCUACAAUGAAUGAGAGUCAUGGAAAUAAAGAGGUUCCACCCUGGAACUGCUAUACUUAAAGAAGUGGGCAAGAUUCCAGUUUUGAUUCCACAGAAUGAUGGGUUUUUUUUUUUUACAAUCCUUAUUUUAAUGAUGCCAAUCAUGUUGCCUCUGUGGUUGCUCAUACUGGACAACUUUUGUUCAGGUGCUUCCAUAAGUUUACUAUCCAAUCUUUAGAUAUCAAAUUGAAUUUAACUGUCCUUUUUGCAACUUUUAUUUCUAACUUCUCUUUUUUCCUUUCAUAUAAUCUCCAGAUUUUUCUGUCUUUUCUCAUUCUCUAGCCAAGACUUAUCAGUGCUGGUCCCUUUUAAUCAAGAAAUGUGCCUGUGAUUAAAUCAUUCCUUCCAAAUAUUUUAGAUCCCAUGCCCAGCCCUACCUCACACUUCCAAAAAUUCCCACCCUAGGAAGUGCUGGCCGUCCCAGGCUAGUACAGUUCUAGAGAUAUAAGCCUGAAGACACCUAUAAAUUGAUAGAGGACAAAGGUCAUCUCUAACUAGAGAAAAGGCUGGAAUCUCACCAUUGGAUGUUGCUUUUACUUCAUCCUGCUGAUUUAUUUGAAAUAGCCAUAGUAAUCUACAGUUUUAGGCUUUAUCUUCACUGUUACACAAGUCAGUUACUUUCCUUGGGUUUCUCCAUUGUUUGCAUUCUAAUUCUGAUAUUUAGCUCUUUACUUUUAUAUUCCACUAAAAAAAUCUAAAUCUGCUCUCCAGAUGAAAAGUUCUUUGCAAAUUCAAUUCAAAAGAAUCCAAGAAGCUGAAAAUAAUACUUAAAUAUAUAGGUAUCUAUACUGACCUUCACAUUCUGAUCACUUGUUCUCUGGUUGACUUUUGGAAACUGCCUAUAGGGUACAUUAAUUGUGAAUCAUUGGUUAAAAGAAUGGAGAAUUGGGGGUGGGUGGGAGAGAAGCAACAUUAUUGCCUUCCAAAUGAUGCUGUUCCCCUCCUUAAAUGAACAAGUGAAAAUGUUCAUGGACUAGGCACUCAGGCAGUGAGAAAUCUUGUUUGAAGGCAGCAGCUAAGAGUGUAGGGAAAUCCUGAAGCUCCUAUUGAAGCCAUAUGAUGUUUAAAAAUAGGUUUGACAAUAAGACCUUCCUUAAGGCUUAUUCAAAAGUUGGUUCAUAAGUCUCAUCUUUAAGGUAUUUUAAAUCUUCAACUAUGGUAAUAUGUUUGCAAUUAUAUCAAUGCCUCUCAGUAGUUGAUUAAUAUAGAAAUACUUAGAAUUGCACAAAUUAAUCUUUUAUAUACAAAUGGGUUUUUCUACUAUGUAUCUGUUUGCUCAGAAUAAAGUAUAUCUAAACUAUUAGAUUUUGUUUUGGUAAAAUAUCUAUCUAUCUGUGUGUAACAAUGCUGCCUAAAUUGUAUAAACUAACCAAUACAGAAAUAUGUAAUAACAAUGUGUGUUUGGCCUCUCUAUAAUUCUGAAAUAAAAUGCUGCAAUCCCA